AUGCUCCCUACAAUUAAAAGUGCUGUAGAGACACAACCAAUUCUAUUUGAAAAUGAACAAAAAUAGCUAUCACAAUAAUGUUUAGAAUAAAAAAUGAAUAUUAUAUUGAUGGCUACAGAGAUUGAGAGAUUACAUAAAAUAUUAUUGUCAAAGAAAGAUUAUUAUGAAAAAAAGAUGUAAGAUUUGAUUGAUAGAGGUAUUAUAUAUUAAUAUUAAUUAGAAAUCCAAGACAAAGAAUAAAUUGCCAAAUAAGCAUAAACUAUUACUGAAUUAAAUCAAUAAAUUCUAUAGAAGAAUGCCCUUAUUACUUAAAUUUUACAAGAAAAGUAAUUUAUACAGUUCAUUACUUAGGUCUUAAUAAGAAAUGAACCUAUUAAUAAGUUAAUAAUUGUUUGUAAUCAAUGAACAAUACAAAAAUGCUGAAAUUUACAUUCAAGAAUUAUAAAAGGAGAAUUAGAUGUUAAAAUAAUAAUUUGAAGAUGCUCCAUCAUUGAGAUAAAAAUUAUACAAUUUAGAAUAAUGGUAUGCUAAGUUAAUUCAUGAAAAAAAUGAAGAAAUCUAAUUAUUAAAAAUGCAAUAACCACAUAUAAUAUAACAUGCUCCUCAAUUAAACAUAAUUAAUUAACUAUUAGAAUAAAAAGAAAGAGAAUUAUUAUAAUGGUAAUAUAGUUCAUAAUAAGUUAAUGUAUAUCAUGAGAAUUAAAGAUUAACUUAAGAGCUUAAAUUUUUAAAUGAGAAAUUGAAUAUGUUAUUGUUUGAUAAUGAACAUUUAAAAAAGAGAUUAGCAGACAUUUAAUCUUAACCAUCAAACUAAACAACAUAGCCAUAAUAUGCAAAUCUUAAAGGAGACUCUUAAUGUACAGCUCCUAUAUAUCAUGAUUUAUAAAGUACUAAAACACCUAGAAGAUAUUAAUAAUCAAUAAUUCCUAGUGACUUAACUAAUACAUCAUUAUUAAGUUAUAGAAUAUUAAGAAGACCUUAAUCAGUUGGAUCAGGAAGUUCAAUACAUUUACAGAUUCCAUAAAUUGCAUAUCCUUAAUUCUAAUUCACUCCAAGAUAUUCUAGAAAAUCAGUGUAGAAUCCUUCUACUUAAUUUAAUGAAUUAUUACUAUAAAUUUAAUGUAUUUAGAAUCAACCUUUACUUACAAUUUAGAAUAUUGAAACUUAAAUUUAAUUGUUGAAUACAUUAAUAUAAAUUAAAAGAUAAGAAUUACAUAUUUAAAUAACUCCACCUAAACAAAUUUAUAAUAUAUUAAAAACAUAAGGUGAUGAUAGAAUUUAAACCUAAACAUAUUCACCUCCUUAAUAAAUUAUUAUGAAAUAACCAAUCAAUAAUUUAUAAUAAAAAAUUCAACCAAAUUAAUCAGUUAGAGUAUUACAUCAAAAUUAAUUAUAAAUUCCAAACAACAUUAUUAAAUUCCGAUCCUUAUCUGCUGAAACUAAAAGAGAGCUAUCUCCAAAUAUCAUUCAAUAUUAAUAAUAAUAACUAAUUCCAUAAACUUCAUAAUUCUAAUAAGUUCAUCAAAUCUAAUAUAAAUGUUCUCCAAUUCAAAGAAUUAUUACAUAAACAAACUUAUAAAAUACAAUCCCAAGAUAAAUUUAACGAAGUGUUUCACCUUAACCUGUAUAAUUUUUACAAUAUUAACAGUAUUAUAUAAUAUUUUAAAUUAAUUAGACUAUCACCAUAAGCACCUCAAACAGUCAGACAUUAAAAUGUAAAUCAAUUCCAUACAUAUACACAUCCACUUCCAUAAUAAUAUUACAUUCAAUAAUAAUAACCAGUAAAUUACAUUUAAUUUUCAUAAUAAUCUUAAUAAUAAUUCUUCCCUACACAAUUUGGAAUUCAUUCAUAAAACCCAAGUGAUUAAAAUAAAUCUCCAAUCAAUAUUUUAGCUUAUCCUUAUGAAUACUCUCCAUAAGCUCCAGAAGAUUUAAAUAAAACCAAAUAACAAUAAUAACCAAUAACAUAAAAUCAAAAUACAUUAUUCAUGACUCCAGAAAGUGUCAGAAAACCAAUUAUAUCAAGUAGCAAUUCAUCCUAACCCUAUUCAUAAGCAAAAAACCCUAUAAAGAGAGAAGAAUAAGAACCUUUAAAUAAAUAAAAAUAAAGGGAACCUAAACAUUAAAGCAAUAAAUCUCUUCCUGCUUAAACAAUAUAAUAAUCACCUAUAGAUAGUUCUCAAGUUGAACCAUUUGAAUUAUGUAAUGCACCACAAGAACCUGAUGUAUAAUAAAAAGAACAUUCUACACCUGAAUAAACUUAAAAACCUUAGAAUCCUACAGAAUAAACUAAACCAAAGUUAGAAUAGACAAUUUAAUAACCUAAACAAGAUGAACAAUUAAAAAAUAAGUAAAAUCCUAAAGAACAAAUGAAAAAUCCACAAAAUCCUGAAAAUUUAUACAAACAACCAUAAAAACCUUAAAAUAUAACAUAAAAUCCUAUUGUUGUUAAUAAAAUAAAUUCAAACGCUUAAUUACAAAGCAAAUAACCUAAAAAUUUAGAAAAUCUAAAACAAUUUAUAUAAUAACCUGAAGGUUUAAGAAGAAGUCAACCAGCAAGUGUUAGAAAUAGUUAAGAUAUAAAAUAAAUUUCUCUAAUUUAGGAUGCUGAAGAAUAAAGAAAAUAAAAACAAGAAUUAGAUAGAUUAUAGAAUCUUUUAGAUUAAGCUAAAUAAGAUAAUGAAAAACUUAAAGAACUUUAUUAAUAAAAUGAUUUGAAUUGGUAAAAAUAAUUUUAAUAGAAAUAUACAGCUGCAUUAUAACAGUUGCAACUUUUCGAAAAUAAGUUAUCUAUAUAAAAUAAAGAAUAUAAUUAGAAUCUUGAGAAAUAAUAAAAGAAUUUCAAUUUAUUAUAAUAAAAGUUUAAUGAACAAAAGAUAGUAAUAGAUAAAUAAAGAGAUGAAAUUAAUCAAUUAAAGUAAAAUGAAGAUGAAAAACGUAAAAAGAUAACCACAAAUGAUGAAUAAAAGGAUGAACUUUAGAAAUAAUUAAUUGAUUUGUAGAAAUAAAAUGCUGAUUUAUUAAACAAAUUAAAAACUUAAAAAGAUAAUUAAAUGUAAAAUAUAAGUAAAAUUUCAUAAUAAAAUGAAAAUUUAUCUAAUAAUGAAAAAUAAUUACAAUAAUAAACAUAAAAAUAUUCUGAACUAAAUUAAGAGUAUAAUUAACUUAAAUAAAAGUAUGAAUAAUUGUAAAAAGAAUCUACUUAAUCAAAAUCAUCACAAUCUAAGGAGAUUAAUUAAUAUUAAUAAAAAAUCACUUAACUUUAAUAAUAAAUGAAUGAAAAUACUAAAUAAUUAAAGGAUAAAGUGAAUUAGCUUUAAUCUUAAUUAUUAUUAGAAUAAGAAUAACAUUUAGUACUUAAAAAAUAAUAAGAAAACUUUUAGAAAGAAUAUGGUAUACAAAAAACUUAAAAUGGUGAAAUUUAAAAUCAAACUAAUACUUUAAGAUAGUAAUUGAUUGAAAAAGAAUAACAAUUAAAAGAAGUUUAAACAAUUCUUAAUACUAAAAUUUAAGUUAUACAAUAAUUAGAACAUUAAGUAAAAGAUGUAUAAGCAUAAAAUAUAUCUACAUCAAAAUAAAUGUAAUCAUUAAAUCAAAUUUAAGUUGAUAAUUUAAAAAAGUAAUUGUAAUAAGAUUAAUUAAGAAUUAAUGAAUUAAAUGACUAAAUUUCUAAUCUUUAAUAAAAGAUUUUUACAUUAGAAUAAUAAUUGUAAUUAGAAAAAUAAACUAAUAUAAAAAUAUCUAAAGAAAUUUAGAAUAAUAAAAUAAUAAUAUAAAAUGAUUUUUAACAAUAAACUUAAUAAUUAGAAAAGGAUAAUUUAGAAUUAUAAUCAAAAAUAAAGGAAUUAGAGUUAAUGCUUUAGAAAGAAAGAGAAAAUAAUACUUAAAUCUAACAAUAAUUCAUAACAAUAGAAAAUAAUUAUUAAAUGAAUUCUAUGAAAUCUAUAUAAGAAAAUGAAAAGUUAGUUAACAAUCUCAAAUUUUAGAUUGAAUAAUUAAAGUUAUAAAAUGAAGAUCUCUCUAGUUAAAUUAUAACAGUGAAAUCUAAUUAUGAAAUAUAAAUGUCUACUAUGAAUACAAUGGCAUCUUAGAAUGUUAUAAAUUUAGAAAAAUAAUUACACUUAGAAAAAGAAUAAAAAGAAAAUUCUUCAAUGAGAAUUCUAUUACUAGAAAAACAAGUUGCUGAUUUCUAAAAUAUUAUUAAAUAAGAUUAAACUGAAGAAUUAAAAAAUAAAUUAAUUCAAUUAGAAAAUUAAAAUAUGAAAUUAUAAAAAGAAAAAGAUUUUAUAUUAUAAAGUAAAUAAAGAGGAGAUGAAGAAAUUAAAAUAUUAAAUGUAAGAAUAAGUGAAUUAUCUAAUUAAAAUAAUCAAUAUGAAUUAGAAAUAAUGAAUCUUAGAUCUAAGUAGAAUAAUUAAACUGAAACAAUUUCCAAAAUUACUACUUUAAAUUAAUAAACUUUAAUUUUGCAAUAAGAAAAGCAAUCUUAAAAUAAUGAAAUCACAUAGAUGAGAUAAAUAAUGGAAAAGAAUAACUAUGAUCAUGAAUAAUAAUUACUUGAAUUGAGGGAAAGUUUUAAUAGAGAUCUUGAGAAUUCGAAAAUUUUAAAUAGAAAAUUAUAAGAUGAUCUAAUUAAUGCUUAAAAUUUAUUAUAAUCUGAAAGAAGAGAAAAGGAAUUACUUAAAUAAAAUUAAACUCAUGCUGAUUAAAUUAUUGAAUAACUAAAUCAUGAAAAAUAAAUGCUUCAUGAUUAGAUUAUAAAAUUAAAUCAAUAAAUAUAAUAAUUAUAAUUGGAAAUAAAUAAAUUAGGAUUAAAUUAAAUAAACAACAAAGAUGAACAAAAUUAAUAUUAAUUGUAAAUUAUUUAAUAUAAUUCUCAAAUUGAUAAUUUAAAUAUCAAUAUUCAAAAAUUAAAUAAAGAAAUUGAUAGAUUAAAUUUAUAAAUAAAAUAAAUGAAUGUAUAAUAAGGAGAUUUAGAAUGUUAAAAUUUAAAUUUAAAGUAAUAAUUAUCAUUAUUAACAUCAUAAAAUCAAGCUAUUCAUUAAUAAAAUGAAAUUAAUGUUAUCGAAUUAAAAUCAGUAGCUAAUAAUUCUGAAGAUUAAAUUUAAGAUUUAACCCUAAAAUUAGAAUAAUAAAUUAAAGAAACAGAAAAAUAUUAGAAAGCUGCUUUCAAUAAUGAUCAAUUAGUUUAAUCACUUUAAAAGAAAUUAUCUGAAGAAAACUUAUAAAAUUAAAAGAUUAAGCAACAAUAUGAAAUUCAAAUUGAAGAAUUAGUUAGGAAAAUUAAUGAAAAGGAUAAAGUAGAUUAAUAAACACCUCCAAAAGCCUAAAUAUUCCCAUAAAUAUAAAAUACUCAUUUAAUUUAAGAAAAUGAAGAGUUAAUGUUAAAGAUUGAUCAAUAUGAAUAAAUGAUAAAGUCUUUAUAAGAAGAAUAUUAUAAGUAAUAAGGAGAGCUAUAAAGACUCAGCAAAGAAUAUCAUAAUGUUAUUAAUUAAUCUGAAGAAACAGUAAUAACUAUUACUUAAUACUAAUAAUCAUAAGAUAACAUUAAAAGAAAAGAAGAUCAAAUUAAAUAAUUAUAAUAACAAGUAUAAGAUUUAUAGAAGAAAUUCGAAUCUGAAAGAAAUAGAUAUUAGGAUGAAAUUAAUAGAUUAAUUAUUAAGAAUUAAGAAUUAUCAAACUAAAUGUAAAAUAAUCUUAAUAAAUAAAUAAUUGAAGAGAAUUUCAAUUUAAAAAAUUAAAUAUAAUUAUUAUAAUAAGAAUUAAAGAAUACUCCAAUCAAAGAGACAAUUAUUUAUUAAUCUGUCUCUCCAUCAAAUAAAAAUUAAGAAGAUAUUACAAAAUAUAUAUAAUAAGCUAAUUAAUUAUAAUUAAGAAUGAAUUAAAUGGCAAGUGAUUAUAGUUUAUUAGAGUAAUAAACUGAAUUAGAAAAGAAUUAAUUAGAAAAAUAAAUUAAAUCAUUAUAAGAUAAUGAAUAAAAAUUAUAAAAUGAAAAUAAUUAAUAAUAACGACAUAUUGAAGCAUUAUAGAGAUAAAUGCAAAAAUUAUAAAUCAAUCAUCCAAAUGAUAAUAGUUAAGAAUUAGAAUUUGAAUUGAAAAAAUUAAAAUCAUAAUUUGAGAUUACUUAGUUAUAAUAUAAGUAAAUUUAAGAGGAAUUAAAUUAAGCUAAAUCUCAAGCUUUCUAGUAUAGAGAUGAGUUAGUAGAUGAAUAAAAUAAGAAAAACGAAUUGAAUCUUAGAAUUCUACAUUAUGAAUAAAUCUUAAAUGAUCUUAAAUAAUCAAAUAAUCCUGAAUCUACAAUGAUAAAAGAAACAACAAUUAUUAAAGAAUAAGUUUAAGACCCAUCAUUAAUAAAAUAAAUUAAUUUAUUAACUGAUGAUAACAAUUCACUUAGAAAAUAAUUAUAAAAUUUAGAGGCAGAAUACAUUUAAAAGUUUAGAUUAUAAUAAUUAUAGAUUUAAGAAUUAAAUAAUAAAUUAAAGGAAUAAAUUGAAGAGAGUUAUCAAAAAACUACUAUAACUGAAGAAACAUCAUUUAAUACUGUCUCAAAUGAUCAAUCUGCUGAAAUUAGAAAGUUAAAGGAUGAAAAAUUAUUUUUAUAAUAAGAAUUGUAAAAACAAUAAUUAUAAUACAAAAAAUAAAUUGAAUAAAUAACAAAUGAUUAUGAAUUUAGAAUAGAAUAAUAUAAAUUAACUAUCUAGUAAUUAAAAGAAUCCAAAGAGAUUCAAACAAAUAAUGAUUAAAAUCUCUUAAAAGAAAACUAAAUGUUAGCUGAUUAAGUCAAACAUCUAUAAAAUGAACUUACUAUGUCAAGAGCAUUAUUUUAGGAUUCAUUGUAAUAAAAUAAUUAAAAUUCAACAGAAGCAAAUAAAGUCAAUUAAUUAUAAAAAAGAAAUGAAGAAUUAGAUUAAUAAAUUGAUUAAUAAAAUAAAAUAAUUGCUUAAUUAUAAUCGAAAUUGUAAAAUAUUUAGAUAAUUUAUGAGGAAAAAGAAAAGGAGUUAUAAAAUCUAAAAGUUAAUAAUCAAAAUUUAAAUAAUUAAUUAAAUAAAGUACCUAAAUUAGUUGAACCUGAAAAUCAAACUAAAAAUGAUAAUGAAUAUUUGAUUAAUCUUUAAUAAUAAAUUAAUAACUUAAAUUCAUAAGUUAAUUAAUAAAGAGAAGAAAAAGAUAAUAUGAAUAAAAUUAUUGAAGAUAAGGAAAAAGAAAAUAAAGAUUCAACAGUAAUGAUAUAGAAUUUGAAACAUUAAAUUUCUUAAUUAAAUUUACAAAACACUGAAUUAAUAUAGAAAUUAAAAGAUUAAGAGUAAAUUUAAGUUUAACUAAAAGAAAAUUAUACUAUAUCAUCUUCUUAAGAUUAAGGAAAACUAGAAUAAUAAUUAAUUAAUAAAUAGUAUGAAAUAGAAUAAAUAAGUGUUGAAAAUAAGAAAUUGAAUAAUAAACUUAUUGAUAACUAAAAUUUAAUUAGAAAAUUACAAUAAGAAUUAAUGGCGUAUGGAAAUGAUAAAUAAAAAUUAUAAUUUUAACAUCAAUCAGAUAUUUCUACCCUUUAAAACUAAAUUAAGAAUAUGCAAUAAUAACUCUUAGAUCAAUAAGAAAUAAAAAGAUCAUCAGAAUCAAUUCCUUAGAAAAUUGAAAUUAAUUAAACCAAUUAGACUUUGAAUUCUCCAAAAACUAAAAAUAUAAGUAAAAGUCUAAAUAAAUCUAAUAUUUCUUUCCAUUCAACUGAUGAUAUAAAAGGUAAAUAUUAUAAUUGUUCACUAUAUACUUCAAAUCAGAAUGGAUAAAAUUAUUACACUUCUCUAAGAGCUGUAAAAUCAAAAGGUGAUUUAUUGGCUUCUCAUGAUAAUAGUCAAUCAAAUACACAAGAAGAGUUAAAGAAAUAAGUUAGUCUUUGGCAAUCAAAAUAUGAAGAAUUGCUAAGAGAAAAAUACUCAAAAACAUAUAUGAUUAGUUCUAAAUCAAAUAAAUAAAUGGAGGAACCAAAUGUUUAAAUUGAAAGUGUAAAUUGGAAAUCCAAAUAUGAGUAGUUGUAAGAAUAAAUUUAAAAUUCAAAUACAAAAUAAAAUUAAAAUGAAAAAAUAAUUGAAUAAUUAAGAAUUAAUAAUGAAAUGCUUAAUUCUUAGUUAUAUCAAAUUUAAACUGAUUAUCAAUAACUAAAAACAGAAAUUUCAAUUAGUUAAAAAAAUGAUUUUAAUUAAAAUAAUUAGAAUUCAUAAAGAAUUAUUGAUUAAUAAAAUUUAAAGAUUAAAAAUUAAGAAACAGAAAUUGAUUAAUUAAGAUAAAAACUAAAAUAAUAGGUUGAGAGUAAGAAUAAUUAAGAAAAGAAAUCUAGUAAUUAAUAAAAUGAGUAUUUAAAGCAAUUGGAAACUGAAAAUUUUGAUUAUUAAUAAGAAAUAUAAUCUUUAAGAAUUGAAAUUAAAAGAUAAUAAGAAAAAAAUAACCUAAUAAAUUAACAACUAAAUGAUCAAGACAUAAAUUUAAAAUCUGGACAAGAAAAUAAUGAAAUAAAUUUAGAAGAAUAUUAAUAAUAGAUUGAAUUAUUACAAAAUGAGAUCAAUAUCUAAUAGAAUUAAAUAUAUUCAUUAUAAAAUUAAUUAAAAUAAUCGAAAAUUAGAGAAUUAGAGUUAGAAUAAAAAUUAAAAUAUACACUUGAGGAUUUAGAAUAUGUUUAACAACAAAAAUUAUAAUAAUAAUAGUAAUAAUCAUAAUAAUAAUAAUAAUAAUAGUAAUAAUAAUAAUAAUAAUAGUAAUAAUAAUAAUAAUAAUAAUAAUAAUAAUAAUAAUAAUAAUAAUAAUAAUAAUAAUCUAAAAUAGUUCAAACUCAAAUAUAAUAAAACAAUUAAUAUGAUGAUUAAUAUCAAAAGAUUUUAUAUGAACUCAGCUUGAUAAAAUCAUAAAACUCUUCUUUGUAAGCUUAAUUAUAAGAAUCAACCAAAACUUAAAUUAAAUUAAUGUAAGAGAUAAAAGAAUUAUAAAUUUAAAAUGAAAGAUUAAAUUUAAGUAAUGUUAGACUACAUAAUGAACAAUCAAAAGUAACAGAUCAGAGUAGUUAGGUAAAUAGAUUAAAUGACUUGUAUAAAGAGGUAUAAAUCGAAAACUAGAAAUUGAGAAGUGAGAUUUCAUACCUACAAUAAGAAAAGUAAUAAAUUAUAAUUUCAUUUGAAUCAAAAUUAUAAUAAUAUUCAUCAAGUGCUAAUAGCAAAAUUAGAUAAUAAUAAAUUGAGGAUUUGAAACGAGAAUUAGCUUAAUUAAAGAGAGCUACAUUAAAGUCUUCUGGAGCAGAUAUAGAAGCAGAAAGAUUGACUUACUCAACAUAAAUAACUUAGUUGAAAAAAUAACUUGAAUAUGAAUAGAUUAAGAAUAAAGAAUUGCAGUAAAAGCUUUAAAGUUAUUAAUAAUAUUAAGUAAUAUAUUUAAAUUAUUCUAGUCUGAUUUUGGACUUGUAGAGAGAUUGAAUAAAGAACUAUAAGAUAAAAUAGUUGAAUUACAUUAAGUUAAAUCAGAGUAUAAGAAUGCUAUAUAAAUGAUCCAUUAAUUAGAAGAAUAAGUAAUAGAGAGAAUGGAAAAAGAAUAAUAUUGUUGAAAUAUUUUGUAGACUG